AUGGCAGCCUUGCAUGAAGGGGAGUUUGACCUCCUGCAACACAUGCGCCUCUCUUCCGUGAAGGACGAUAGCCAGUUGACGCAGAGGGAGAGGCAGGCAUUAGUGGAGCAGCGGCGCCGCGAGGUCGAUGAGGCACAGUACGUUGCCCACCACUUGCAGGAAAAAGUGAACCGCNUUAGUGGAGCAGCGGCGCCGCGAGGUCGAUGA